GUGUCUGUCCGUCAGUCCGAGCAGCAGCAGCAGCACAUGUCACAGCGUGAGAAGAGGAGAAGAGAGCAGGUGACACGACAGACACCGCAGCGACGUGUAAAUGCAGGCCAUCAAAUGCGUGGUGGUGGGCGACGGCGCGGUGGGUAAGACGUGUCUGCUCAUCAGUUACACCACCAACGCCUUCCCAGGAGAAUACAUCCCCACUGUCUUUGACAACUACUCUGCUAAUGUGAUGGUGGACAGUAAACCGGUCAACCUGGGCCUCUGGGAUACAGCCGGCCAGGAGGACUAUGACAGGCUCCGCCCACUGUCCUACCCUCAGACGGAUGUCUUCCUGAUAUGUUUCUCUCUGGUGAGCCCCGCCUCCUUCGAGAACAUCCGAGCCAAGUGGUAUCCAGAGGUUCGGCACCACUGCGCACACACACCCAUCAUCCUGGUGGGCACCAAGCUGGAUCUGAGGGACGACAAGGACACCGUCGAGCGACUGAGAGACAAGAAGCUGUUAGCCAUUACUUACCCACAGGGACUGACCAUGGCCAGAGAGAUCGGUGCAGUCAAGUACUUGGAGUGCUCGGCUCUGACUCAGCGGGGCCUGAAGACGGUGUUCGACGAGGCCAUCAGAGCCGUUCUCUGCCCUCUGCCCGUCAAACAGGGCGGAGGGAGGACGUGCACAGUGUUGUGACGGGAGGACGUUCCAGCAACACUUAAAGCCUCUUUCCUGCAGUUUAUCCCUUUAAGCCCUAAGUCUAUUUUUUAGGUCUCUGUUUGAAAAUUGCACACUCAUAUUGAAAUGAGUACAUCUCUGCAACCACAAGGUCUAUUUGAAUACUUUCAGUGAAGGGAUUUGUUCAGAUGUGUAAAUAUCAGUGUGAGUGUUACUGGUGAAGAGUAAAUGAAGAUGGUACACAAAAAAAAGAAUUCAGCUUCACCUAAUAGAAAGAAGCAAUUUCAGGAUGAAUAUCUCUGUGGAAUGAUGGAGAAUCAGCUGUAAACUCACUCAAAUCAAAGAACAACCUGUGAACAUCAUCUCUGCAAAGUCUGACUCAAGUCUGACUUGAAGUGAAGCAGAACAAAAUGAGAGAUUUUAGAGCAGAAGUUACAGACGACGACUCAUUUGGCACAUUUUGGAAACAUCUGUGCCAUUAGUAUUUAAACCAUGUAUUAAACUACUUUCUUCACUUUUAUAUAACUAUUAAUGUUCAAUAAAACAAUGUAUGGCCUUUUUCCAAACUU